AUGCCUGGCUGCUUGAUGUUCGACUCUGAGGUGUCCGAGCAUAAGUUGUAUGAUCAUCGGCCCUAUCUACUAAACCAGGAUGAUUACCAACGUGUGUGUCAUAUUCCUAAGAAAAAGGGUGCAAACUUUAGGGAUUUGCCAGGCGUUAGAGUUCGUGCUGAUAACAAAGUUGAGUUUGAUCCUGAUGUAGAAAGAGUAAAGCUGCCUUCUGGGAAGCCUUUGGUUCCUGAUUAUGCAAUGACUUUUGUGCGUGGAACUUCAUCCAACUCGGUUGGAUAUUCUCUCCUUCUGAAGAAAGAGAAGGCAAUCAUUGUGCAGCCUGAUCGCGUGACAAUUGCUAAUGGACAUGCAUUUGGAUGUGUUUCAAUGAAGGAUUUCUUCAUUGCUCUUGUGAAGAGGCUUAAGUGUAAUAUGACUGCUUAUGAGAAUUAUCGUAGGAUCUAUGUUCCUGAUGGCGAUCGUCACAACCGUUGCAAAUAUUAA